AUGUCUUCUCACGAGGAGGCGAGUCGCCUCCGGGCCCUCCAGGCCGAUGUUCGCAACCAAGAUGACCUCGAGAGAGACAUCACUCGGCAGGCGGAUAAGGCUCUUGCCGAAAAGGCGGAGGAGAAUGACAUUAAGCGACUCGAAAAAGUCCUGGUGGAGAGAGAACGUAUCGACAGUCAGGUCCGCCGAGCGCACCAGCGCCUUACCCAGUCCGUCGGGACCGCCACCCGCCAUCGUGUUGAAAAUGAGUUGAAGGGAUUGGAAGUGCGCAAGGCCGGUCUGAUCAAAGACUUAAAGGAGAUUCAACAACGAAUUGAUGAGAGGCGCCAGUCGCAAGAGAAUGCGACAGACGCCCAUGGAUCUGGGAGGCUACCGAACGAGUCGCGCCGUGACUACCUCCUGCGUACCGGAAAGAUUACUCCCUUUGCGUUGAUGAACGCGGGAUCCAGAGAUGGACCGCUUGCGAACCUCGAGGAUGCACUUGUCGAUACAGAGGAUCAAUAUAAUGAGGAACAGGAGCGUGAACAGGCCAAGCAUGAGCCGGCUGCAUCCCAUCGUGAUCUUGCACGCCCUGAUUUCGACUUUGAAGAGAGCAGCACCAAACGCAGAAAGGUCGCUCGGACCAGUCCCCCAGGAGCAGACUCUUCUGCAAGCUAUGUCACCUCGGAAGGUGCCGAUGAUGCAUCAGAAGAUGAAGAGUUCAUGCCUGAUACUCUGCCCGAAGCCAAGCCAAGCCGUAAGCGCAAACCAGCCAAAGGCAAGAGUGAGCUCGAAGAUCUGAGUGGAAUGGAUGAUGGCGAUGAGAAAAUCUACCGGGCUCGAGUCCAGGAAUGGAUCAGUCGGCGUAGCUCCGCUCGACGGGAAGCCACAACUCACUCCAUCGAGAAUGAGCUGGACGAGGAAGAUGAAUGGCUCAAGCCGCAUCCCACUGAACCAGCCAUGGAGCUUGACAACGGCCUGCGCGUGCCUGGAGAUAUCAGUCGUUACCUGUUCCCCUACCAGAAGACUGGUGUUCAGUGGCUAUGGGAGUUGCACCAGCAAACCGUGGGUGGUAUCAUCGGCGACGAAAUGGGAUUGGGAAAAACCAUCCAGGCGAUUGCCUACCUUGCAUCACUGCACCAUAGCAAAAAGUUCACAAAGCCGGCUAUCAUUGUUUGCCCUGCAACGCUUAUGAAGCAAUGGGUCAAUGAAUUUCAUCGCUGGUGGCCAGCUUUCCGGGUUUCCAUCUUACACUCAUCAGGAAGCGGCAUGAUGAACCUUGGAAAAGAAAGCAGUCGAGAGAGUGCACUCACAUCCGAAAUGAUGGGAAGUCGCAGCUCGGGCCGUCUAUCUGCUGGCCAAAAGGCAGCCAAGAAGAUCAUCGAGCGAGUCACCCAAGAAGGCCACGUCUUGGUGACUACAUACUCAGGCCUGCAGUCGUAUGCGGAUGCUCUUGUUGAUGUGGAAUGGGGAUGUGCCAUUCUUGAUGAAGGGCACAAAAUUCGCAACCCGGAUGCCGGCAUUACCUUCAGCUGCAAGGAACUGCGUACUCCCCAUCGUAUUAUUCUCUCCGGAACACCCAUGCAGAACAGUCUGGUAGACUUGUGGUCCCUGUUUGACUUUGUUUUCCCAAUGCGCCUGGGCAACCUCGUUACCUUCAAGAACCAGUUUGAGAAUCCCAUCCGCCAAGGAGGAUAUGCUUCUGCAUCUAAUCUUCAAGUGCAGACUGCUGCAAAAUGUGCAGAGACCCUGAAGGACGCAAUCAGCCCGUACUUGCUACAGCGCUUCAAGGCUGAUGUAACAUCUGAUCUACCACAGAAAAGCGAGCAGGUCAUCUUUUGCAAAUUGACCGCUCUUCAACGAACCAUUUACAAAAGGUUCCUUGGCUCGGAUGAUAUGAGAUCCAUCUGCACCGGCAAGCGAAACUCACUCUUCGGCAUUGACAUCCUACGCAAGAUCUGCAACCAUCCCGACCUUGCAGACCACGAAUUGCGGUCUCGCGAGGCGGACUAUGGUAAUUUGGAGCAGUCUGGCAAGAUGCUAGUCCUAAAGGGAUUGCUCGAGGUCUGGCGAGAUACCGGCCACAAAACGCUACUAUUCACCCAGGGUCGUCUGAUGCUGGACAUCAUCGAGAAAUUCCUCAAUAGUCUGGGUGGUUUCCAAUACCGCCGAAUGGAUGGCACUACACCGAUCAAGGAGCGCCAGUCCCUGGUUGACACAUUCAAUCAGGAUCCCGACAUCCACGUCUUCUUGCUCACCACUCGUGUGGGUGGGAUCGGAGUGAACCUGACAGGUGCUGACCGUGUCAUUAUCUUUGAUCCCGACUGGAACCCAUCGACCGAUCUGCAAGCGCGCGAGCGUGCAUGGCGUCUGGGCCAGAAGCGUGAUGUCACGAUCUUCCGCUUGAUGACCAAAGGCACGAUCGAAGAAAAGAUCUAUCACCGCCAAAUCUUCAAGCAAUUCUUGACUAACAAGAUCACUCGUGAUCCUCACCAGCGGGAAGGCUUCCAGCUGAGUGAUCUGUAUGACCUGUUCUCCCUUACAGAUGAGGAUGACAAGGAAUUAGAGACAACCCAGCUCUUUAAAAAUGCAGAAGUUACAUAUCAGGAAGAGACCGAAGACCCCGGCGGCAAGAAGAAGCGAGGACGCAAGAGUGAGCCCGUUAUGAAGACCGAAGAUGAGGAUCUCAAAGUGGACGGAGUUGCCAAGAUCGAAGAAUUCAAAGAUACCGUUGAAGAAGAAAAAAAUUCCAAAUCCUCCGAAGACCGCAUCAUGCAUGGUAUCUUCGCCCGCUCCGGCGUCCAUUCCGCCCUGGAACACGACCAAAUCGUCAACGGCCGUCGUGUCAUCCGCGCUGACCCUAAGAUGAUCGAAGCCGAAGCCCGCCGAGUAGCCAACGAAGCAGCUGCAGGCCUCCGCCAAGCCGAACAAGAAGCCCGCAACAUCCCAAUCGGCCUCCCGACCUGGACUGGUCAGUUUGGAAUCGCUGGUCGCUCCGAUUCCUCAGCCGGUGGUAGCUCUGCUCGGUCUAACCGUGAUGGUCCUUCAUCUGCCAGUCUGCUGGCCAACCUGAACCCAGCUGCGGCGUCACGAACGACUGGUAAUGGCAAUGGCGCUCGCGCUGGUCCCUCUUCUGCCCGGAUGCCCCGUGGCAAGGAUUUCCUCCCAAUGAUUCGGGAUUACCUUGCUUCUCGUCGUGGUCCGACAUUCUCUCACACCAUUGUUGAGCAUUUCAAUCAUUAUUGUCACACCCCAGAGCGUGUGGCCGAGUUCCAGGAAUCGCUGAAGACGGUCGCGACGCUUGAUCGUGUGGGUGGUCGAGGUCGGUGGAAUCUGAAGCCUGAAUUUACUCGCAAUGCUGGCAACCAGAGUCAGAGACGCUAA